AUGGCGGACCCCGCAUCGGAGACCACCAUCAAGGUGGUGUGCCGGUUCAGGCCGCUGAACAAGUCGGAGGUGGCCCGGGGAGACAAGUAUGUCCCGAAGUUUCAAGGGGAGGACUGUGUGCAGAUGGGGGGUAAACCGUACUACUUUGACCGCGUGUUCCAGUCCGAUACAACUCAGGUGCAAUUCUACAACGCUGUGGCUCAGAAGAUUGUUAGGGAUGUGUUGGAAGGCUACAAUGGGACGAUAUUUGCAUAUGGGCAGACAUCCUCUGGGAAAACACACACAAUGGAGGGGGUCCUCCAUGACCAAGCCAUGAUGGGAAUCAUUCCCAGAAUUGUUCAAGACAUUUUCAACUACAUUUAUUCCAUGGAUGAGAACCUGGAGUUUCACAUCAAAGUGUCCUAUUUUGAAAUCUAUUUGGACAAAAUCAAGGAUUGUUUGGAUGUCACAAAGGUCAACCUCUCGGUGCACGAAGAUAAAAACAGGGUGCCAUAUGUGAAGGGGUGUACAGAGCGUUUCGUGAGCACUCCUGAAGAGGUCAUGGAUGCCAUAGACGAAGGCAAAAACAACAGACAUGUGGCUGUCACAAACAUGAACGAGCACAGCUCCAGGAGUCACAGCAUCUUCCUCAUCAACAUCAAGCAAGAGAACUCUCAGACUGGACAGAAGCUCACAGGCAAGCUGUACCUCGUCGACUUAGCCGGCAGUGAAAAAGUGGGUAAAACAGGAGCAGAGGGCACAGUGCUGGAUGAAGCCAAGAUGAUCAACAAGUCGUUGUCUUCACUGGGAAAUGUCAUCUCUGCUCUGGCGGAGGGCUCGGCUUAUGUGCCGUACAGAGACAGUAAGAUGACCCGGAUCCUGCAAGAUUCCCUGGGAGGGAACUGUCGAACCACCAUGGUUAUCUGCUGCUCCCCCUCUGCCUUCAAUGACGCUGAGACCAGGUCCACUCUGCUGUUUGGACAGAGGGCGAAGACCAUCAAGAACACAGUGACUUUGAAUGUGGAGCUGACUGCAGAGCAGUGGAAGAAAAAGUGGGAGAAAGAGAAGGAGAAGAACAAGACGCUGAAAAACACCGUCACAUGGCUGGAGAACGAGCUCACCCGCUGGAGAGGCGGAGAGACUGUGCCAGCGGAGGAUCAGUUUGAUAAAGAGAAGGCGAAAGAAGAGGUGCAGGCCCUGGACAGUGCGCUCAACAACGACAAGACAGCGCCCACACCGGCCCUCAGCGCCCUCCCCGCCCUUCCCGGGGUCAAACUCACAGAUGCAGAGAAAGCGCAGUAUGGGGCAGAAAUGGCCAAGAUGUACAAAGAGAUGGAUGACAAGGAUGAAGAGAUCAACCAGCAGUCUCAGGAGUUAGAGGCACUGAAGGAGCAGAUGUUGGACCAGGAGGAGCUUUUAUCCUCCUCCCGGCGGGAUCACGACACCCUGCAGACUGAACUGAACCGGCUGCUGGCAGAGAACGAAGCCUCCAAGGAGGAGGUGAAGGAGGUGCUGCAGGCGCUGGAGGAGCUGGCCCUCAACUAUGACCAGAAGAGUCAGGAAGUGGAGGACAAAGCGCAGGAGUUUGAGGCUCUCAGUGAGGAGCUUAACGAGAAAUCGAGCUCCUUGGCCUCCAUUGACUCUGAACUGCAGAAGCUGAAGGAGAUGACCAACCACCAGAAGAAGAGGUUCACUGAGAUGAUGUCAUCAUUACUCAAAGACCUGGCUGAGAUAGGCAUCGCCGUGGGAAGCAAUGACAUUAAGCAACACGAGAGCAGCGGUCUCAUCGAUGAGGAGUUCACCAUGGCCCGCCUCUACAUCAGUAAGAUGAAGUCCGAGGUGAAGACGAUGGUGAAGCGCAGCAGGCUGCUGGAGAGCUCAAAGGCCGAGAACACCCAGAAGAUGGAUGAGACGGAGGGUGAGCUGAUCGCCUGCCAGCUUCGCAUCUCCCAGUAUGAAGCUAAGAUCAAGUCCCUGACAGACAGCCUCCAGAAUGCAGAGCAGAAGAAACGACAGCUGGAGGAAACGGUGGACUCUCUCAAUGAGGAAAUAGUUCGGAUUAGAGCCCAAGAGAAAGUCAACACCAUGGAGAAGGAGAACGAGAUCCAGUCUGCCAAUGAAGUCAAGGAAGCUGUGGAGAAGCAGAUCCAGUCUCACCGAGAGACCCAUCAGAAGCAGAUCAGCAGCCUGAGAGAUGAGCUGGACAACAAGGACAAACUCAUGACAGAGCUCCAGGAUCUGAACCAGAAGGUCAUUCUGGAGCAGGAGCGGCUGAGGGUUGAGCAUGAGAAGCUGAAGGCUGCAGACCAGCAGAAGAGCCGCCAGCUGCAGGAGCUCACAGUGAUGCAGGACAGGCGGGAGCAGGCCAAACAGGACCUGAAGGGACUGGAGGACACUGUGGGCCGAGAGCUGCAAACACUCCACAACCUAAGAAGGCUUUUUGUCCAAGACUUGGCCACUCGUGUCAAAAAGAAUGCUCAGGUGGAUGGUGACACAGAAGGCAGCUCUGCGCAUAAACAGAAGAUCUCCUUCCUGGAGAACAACCUCGAGCAGCUCACCAAAGCUCACAAGCAGCUGCUACGGGACAAUGCAGACCUGCGUGGAGAGCUGCCCAAAAUGGAAAAGCGCCUGAGGGCCACUGCUGAGCGGGUAAAAGCCCUGGAGGCGGCGCUGAAGGAGGCCAAAGAGAACGCAGCCCUCGACAGAAAGCGCUACGAGCAGGAGAUGGAGCGCAUUAAGGACUCUGCCAAGCCCAAAAACAUGGGCAGGAGAGCCUCCAUAGCCAAGCCCAUCAGACCAGGCCAGCUGCCGGGAGCGUCUCCCCUGAUCCCCGGCCUCAAUAGAUCCAACCUCCUCCAGAACAACAUCAGGGAGUCGGGCAACAGCAGCCCCUGAAGAUGGAGCAGUCACCCAAGUAACAUCUCCUAGCUCCAGAGAUAUUUUCAUUACAGAGAUUUUGAACUUUCACCUGAAACCACUGCACCACUCUUCCUGCAUCAAAGUGUGUAUAUAAAUAUAUAUAACUGUAUAUAAGAAUGGCAUAUACUGUGCAGACAAACCUCUACAAUGUCCACAUCAGUGCCUUGCAAAAUCAACACAUAAUGCAACACGUUUUUCUGUCGGUAGCAGAUGUAAGAGUAAAAAAAUAGUUUUGGUUAAGCCCAGUUGUUGUUUUUUAACUGUACUUGUAUGAACACAAGACACUGUUCUGCCAAUACUUAAAUGUCAUCCGCAGAUGAUUGUGAUAAUCUUUCAUAAUCAUUCAAAAGUGUACUCCAUAGUGGUGGCUCAAAAUGACGCUCCCAUUUGUUUUGCUGAAAGAGCAAGUGUAUGCAUGCUUUGCCUUUUUAUUUUAUUAUGUCUUAUUGUUUGUCGCAUGCUUGAUACUAUUGCUAAAAGCCCUUAGCUCCUCAGCUUCCCAGAGAUGAUUUGACUCGGGAGCUGCACUCUUGAGUUUGGGCUAAUGACAGGAAGAGCACUAUCAGUGGGGAGAUGCAUUCCUAAUUUAUGCCUGAUAGCUGCAGGCACUUUGUUUGGUUAAACAUUAAUUAUGUUUUGUUUUGAAUGGAUUCAGACUGGAUUUACAUUAGGAAAGUGGAUGAUUGAUACUUUCUUACCCUCCUGAAAUACACUAUAAGUGCAAUGACAUCCUAUUACUGUUCAGAUAUUAAAGGUAAAGGUUUAAAGGUCUCCUAUUAUGCUACAUUUGAACAAUAUAUUGUAGGGCAAUAUCUAUACAAAACUUGUCUGUGACGUGUUUUGCUCAAAAUACCAAACGGAUCACCCAUUGUAGCAUGCAUCAUCCCCCUCUAUUUCAGCCCUGUUCCUGAAGUGCUGAUUCUGUGACUGUCGCUUUAAAUUUGAGCUGAGCUGAAGCUGGCCACGCCCCCUUUGCAGCGUCGUGCAGUUCUUUCUCCUCUGUGAAAGUUUUUCUACCAGGAGAAGAUACUCAGCUAAACGCUGCCGUGAUUAAACGCCAUAUUAUGUUCCAAACCACAUCAAGCAUUAUUUCUGAAACACUUCUCAGUGUUUACCACUAGAACAGUGAUAUUAUAUGUAUUAUAUAUACAACAACUCUAAGUCCCUCCUGCAUACAUCCUGCUGAACACACAGACACACAGAAGUGCUGUGGAGGGGGCUCGUGACUGUAUAUGCUGGAUGAUAGGUUUGGACGUGUCACGUGGGCAGGACGUUAGCAGGAGUUCAAUGUAAAGCCAGCCCACAUUUCAGUUAUGACAUCAUAACCGAAGCAAAUCUGGAUCAGCUUGUUUGUACCCCCGUUUUUAGAGAUGUGGGUAAGGAGGAAAAGAGAGAGUUGUAUUUUCUGACACGUUGUGAGUCUCCUUACACACCGGGGACACAUAUUUAUGUAUAAAAAAUAUCAAAAAGUGCAUUUUCCAUAAUAGGGGACCUUUAAACAAAUAAUGGCAUAACUUAAGUGUUUUGGUUCCUUAAAGGCAUCUUCUGUCUUGCUGAAAUAACCCUUUGCUUAUCAUGCUAAUCAAUUUUCUUAAAAUGAAUGUACCACUGGAAGUAUUAUAGAUGAUUUAAUAUUGAGAAUCGAAAUGAUUGUAACCGCACUGUACACGUACUGCACAAGAAGGCCAACACUGCAGCAUAUUUUCACCUGAGUUUUUUGUAGACUUUGACCUCACGUCAAUUUCUUUUCUCUAGAGAUAAUAAAUUUAAAUUUAAAAGCUUUUUGUGGUUCAUUUAUCCAUCUUCCAUGAGUGGAUUUCAAUAUAUUUAGACAUCUUUUUUCCAUCGGUGUAAGAUUAUUGGUUUUAAAGUGUUGUCCAAAGAAACACUGCAUGCUCAAGACAAGUUGGAAUGUUCUGCAUUAGGCAAUGAUUUUUGAAUAACUGCUAUCUUGUUCAAAUGUGUUGAGUGUUUUUUUUUUUUUAAAUAAAUGGUAAGCCUUUAAA